UCACUCUCCCGGCUCUUUCCCCCUUCUCCUGCUGUUUGCAGAAAUAAAAACCCCACGUCCGAAGUGCUUCUAACGCGUGAGGCGCACAGAGCAGACCUUAAAGGGAGGGGGUCCGGGGGAGGGGAAUCGUCCUCAGUGGGUCGCUUUUGCAGCAGCAGCUGGUGCUCGUGGCUUGCCUGUGCCUGGAUGCUCUGCUCUCCCCCUCUCGGAAAGCUAGUCCCCGACUCGAGCGGAGGGCUCUAUUGUUAUUUAUUGUGUGGCUGUGUUGCACGCUGUGCCUGCUGCUGCAUGGGGCUGGCUGGCCGGGUAGAGAGGGAAAGAGGGAGUGCGUAAAGGGAGGGACAGGCAGACUCACCCGCCCGCAGUGGGGGGAGCCCCUUAGCUGGCACCGCCGGGCCGUUUCCAGCGGAGAGCCCAAAGUUUUCCCUGCUGGAGAGGACAGCGCUGGAGCAGCGGCAGCCUUUUGCUUAGGAGCUGGGUACUUGUUUCCGCAUCACAUACUCUUUCUGCCGCAAUCUAAGAACUGCUUAUCUGAGCAAAUCCUGCCCGUGACUGCGCUGGAGAUGAAAAGGGGUUAAAUCCCUUGCAAGACUUCUCCAUCAUGAAGGAAUAUGUGUAAAGACCACAGCUGGUAACCCUCACUGAAACAUGGCACAGUGACAAUCAUUGACAAAAGAGUGAAGCCAUUCAGGGUAAGAAAAUUGACCUUUUUGGUUGGCUGCAGUUGAAGAUUGCCUUACAGGAGUCACUAGAAAGGUUUGUGAGUCAUGAUGCAAGAAUCUGGGACUGAGACAAAAAGUAAUGGUUCAGCCAUUCAGAACGGUGCAAGCAGUGGCAACCACUUGCUAGAGUGUGGCCUUCGGGAAGGGAGAUCGAAUGGGGAGACCCCUUCUGUAGACCUUGGUGUGGCUGAUCUAGCCCAUCUUCAGCAACAGCAGGCUCUUCAGGUAGCAAGGCAGCUUCUAUUACACCAGCAGCAGCAACAUCAGCAACAGCAACAACAGCAGCAAGUCAGUGGGCUAAAAUCACCCAAGAGGAAUGACAAACAGCCAUCCCUUCAGGUCCCAGUGUCAGUGGCUAUGAUGACACCUCAAGUUAUCACUCCACAGCAAAUGCAGCAGAUCCUCCAGCAGCAAGUCCUAACUCCACAGCAACUUCAGGUCCUGCUCCAGCAACAGCAGGCACUCAUGCUUCAGCAGCAGCAGCUUCAAGAAUUCUAUAAGAAACAACAGGAGCAGUUGCAGCUUCAACUUUUACAGCAACAGCAUGCAGGAAAACAACCUAAAGAGCCACAGCAGCAACAGGUGACAUCCCAGCAGCUGGCUUUUCAACAGCAGCUUUUACAGAUGCAACAGUUGCAACAACAGCACAUCCUGUCUUUGCAGCGCCAAGGUCUGCUAACGAUUCAGCCGGGCCAGCCCACCUUGCCGCUGCAGCCUCUUGCUCAAGGCAUGAUCCCAACUGAACUGCAGCAACUCUGGAAAGAAGUGACAGGUUCUCACACAGCAGAGGAGGUUGUAAGCAACAACCACAGCAGUUUGGAUCUAUCUACAACGUGUAUCUCUUCCUCAGCAUCUUCUAAGACACCCUUAAUAAUAAACCCACAUGCCUCAACCAAUGGACAGUUAUCAGUCCACACUCCUAAAAGAGAGAGUUUAUCCCACGAAGAGCACUCUCAUAAUCAUCCACUUUAUGGGCACGGAGUAUGCAAAUGGCCGGGCUGUGAAGCAAUAUGCGAAGAUUUCCAGUCAUUUCUAAAACAUCUCAACAGUGAGCAUGCGCUGGAUGAUAGAAGUACAGCCCAAUGUAGAGUACAAAUGCAGGUUGUACAACAGUUAGAGCUGCAGCUGGCAAAAGACAAAGAGCGCCUGCAAGCGAUGAUGACACACCUACACGUGAAGUCGACUGAACCAAAAGCUACCCCUCAGCCUCUAAAUCUUGUCUCUAGCGUCACACUUUCAAAGACUGUGUCAGAGGCUUCUCCACAGAGCUUACCUCAUACCCCGACCACCCCAACGGCGCCCAUCACUCCUGUCAGCCAGGGGCCUUCUGUCAUCACUACCACAAGCAUCCACAACGUGGGGCCUAUCCGAAGGCGGUACUCUGACAAAUACAAUGUGCCCAUAUCUUCAGCAGAUUUUGCACAGAACCAAGAAUUCUACAAGAAUGCCGAGGUUAGGCCGCCCUUUACGUAUGCAUCCUUAAUUAGGCAGGCCAUUCUUGAAUCUCCUGAAAAGCAGCUAACACUAAAUGAAAUCUACAACUGGUUCACGCGGAUGUUUGCCUACUUCAGACGGAAUGCAGCCACGUGGAAGAAUGCAGUGCGUCAUAAUCUUAGUCUUCACAAGUGUUUUGUGCGAGUAGAAAACGUUAAAGGGGCGGUAUGGACAGUGGAUGAAGUAGAGUUCCAAAAACGAAGGCCACAAAAGAUCAGUGGAAGUCCCUCACUUAUUAAAAACAUGCAGACCAGCCACACCUACUGCUCACCUCUCAGUGCUGCUUUACAGGCUUCAAUGGCUGAGAACAGUAUACCUCUGUACACUACUGCUUCCAUGGGAAACCCCACUCUGGGCAGUUUAGCCAGUGCUAUGAAGGAAGAGCUUAAUGGUGCAAUGGAGCAUGCGAACAGUAACGGGAGUGACAGCAGUCCGGGACGUUCUCCUAUGCAAGCAAUGCACCCUGUGCAUGUUAAAGAAGAACCAUUAGAUCCAGACGAAAAUGAAGGACCACUAUCCUUAGUGACCACAGCCAAUCACAGUCCAGAGUUUGAUCACGACAGAGAUUACGAAGACGAAAAUGUAAACGAGGACAUAGAAUGAGUAUGUCUGUGGUCAGGAUCCUGUGAAUGAAGAUUGUGGGGAGGGAGGCAAAAACACAUACUUUAAAAUUAGCUGUGAAAUCUCUCCCCACUAUUGUACAGUCUGGAGGAUACUCUCGGUCCAUUUUGACAGCUAUAAAAUAUGUUAACUCUUAGUGCCAUCAAGUAUCCCAUUUGGGAGUAUUUUUGAUUUUUCUACUUUUUGUUGAGAAAAACAAAACAAAAACAAAGGAGUUUGUACUCUGUGCAUUGGAUGGACUUGUUUGGUACUUGGGAUUCCCUCUCACAGUCGACAUCAGUGUUGUAAAUUUAUUCAACCAAUUCGCUUCUCUACUAUUUGGCAGCAGACUUUGGACUGCAGUUCUUUCAGUUUGGGACGCUGAAGACAUCGAGCUGAGCAUGUGCACAUAAUUUGCAGAUAAAGCCUUUGCCCAGAUUUUAAGGAUUCCAAUGGACAACAUAUUUGCACAGUAUCGCAUGUUGAUUAUCACUGCCUUUUACUUCUUCUUUUCCUUUCUUCUUCUUCUUCUUCUUCUUCUUCUUUUUUUGCUUCCAUUUGGGAUGGGAAAGUAAGUCCGGGUGUGUGCGUGUGUGUGCACAUGUGUACAUGCACAUGUGAGUAUGUAUACAGAACAGAGGUUAAAACAAAUGCUCCCCAACUUUUUAGUGUAUAGCUUUGGAUCCCCUCCCCCCCACUUCUACACCUUUUUAAGUUCUGACCUCAGGCCUCAGGAGGGCCAGGGCCUUUUGAGGCUUAAUGUUUCCUGUACUUUUGUGAUGAAUGUUAUUAGGUGUUUUUUAUUAUACGAAGCUGAAUGUCCUUUGAAUUGUUUGUAGUUCUUCUUUUUUUUCUGCCAUUCAUUCCAGUUUCCUUCAGAUGCCAUCCCAUUUUCUUUAGCUGUGGAAAACAUUCCAUUUGGGGAUAUGUUGAACCCCCUCCUUCCCUUGGGGAAAAAAAAAAAGAAGGUUCUCGUGUUGCUGCUUUAAUCCAUGCGCAAAGUUAUCUGCCAACAGAAAGCGAGGCAGUGCUGCAAGAGUGAGAAUGAAAGGCAAACCAGCAGAGAAGUUGUGUAGGAUGUGGAGCAAAUUUAUUCCACAAGGCAGUAUACGUUGUAGUCAUUGUUUUGGAAGUUGUUUUUUGUUUCGCAGUAAUGACGGUUCUCAACAAACGUUACAAAACCGAGCAGCACAAGAAAAAACAAAACAAAACCCUGAACGUGCAGAAACAAAGUUUCUUUUGUCAGUAAUGAUUUGCGCAACAUCCAGUUCUUUAGAUUUCUGGGCCAUCAAUCGCUUCUAGGAUAUUUAAAAUGACCAUAUCUCAUGCCUAGAUGUGUAUUGUGGUCCGCAUUUGCACACAUUGUGUGUGUGUGAGUGAGUGUCUUUAAAAUCACGUUAAACAGGAGUUCAAGGAUUGCUAGGUAGAAUCCACUUCAUUUGGCUAUUAAUUAGAUUUCAAGUGCAACUUGUUGGGAAGUCAAGAAGGCUGACUAGUCAUAAAGUGUUAAUAAUUUUAACUGGGCAAAUUCUGUCACUGCAGUAAGGAUUGUUAUGCAAUAGCAUACCAACCAGUAUGAAAAAAAAAAAUGAACAAUUGGAAACCUGUGGGUAAAUUGGCGCUGAGUUUCUGUUGAAGGUGAACAGUGUUCUUCAGAGCAAAUGCAUGCCAACAACUGCUGUGAAAGCAUUAGUCCCCCUUAAUCACUGGACACGAAACUGGUUUUGUCCUCCAACCACUUCUCUGUAGCUCACUUAUUUAUGUUGGACUAUAGCUUUUUUUUAAUUUCAAAAGCCUUUCGGAACUUAAUUUAUACCCUACUUUGUCCCCUUCCCGCCCCUAAAAUUACCAAAGAAUAUUACACUAAGGUAAAUUAUGUUCUCUGUUAUAUGCUUUAUCUUAAGAAGCCAAAUAUCCUCUUAUUGUUGAUCAAAGGAGGUGAAAGAAUUUAGUAACAAAUGACAAGAUAUGGGCUAUGGCUAACCUGAGAAGGAAAACUGUUCCAUUUAUUAGGGUAUAAUUUAGAAGACCAAGUAGAUGGCUGAACCAAAGUUGUGUUGUUGUUUUUUAAUUUGUGUUCCUUUACCAUGACCAAAUGAAUUACUGUAAUGAGAGAGCUUUUGAGGCUACAGUUAGGGAACAGUAUUGAGUGAAGGGAGCAUCCCAGGGCAGCUUUCCAUCACGAAAAAAAGAAUAGUCUGGGGUCCCCCCCCAGAAAAAAAAGAAUCUAUCUGAGAAAGGUAAGAAGACAGUUCCGUAAUCUAUAGAGGACCUCCCACAACUUUAACUGGGCUAUCUAAGAAUCUCUCACUAAAAUUUGUUAAUUCUUUUCAUUUGCUCUUUGGCCUUUACUAAAUCCUAUUCACUUUUGCUAACAGCCAAUGCCAGGACAAUUUCUUUUUAAUUUGGUUUAUGUGCAUAAGAUUUUCGUGUGAUGGCGACUGUUGUUGUCCCCCCCCCCCCCCCUUUGGUCAGCAUCUUUCAUGUGAAAUAACACUCCUGUCCGCUUGUAAUCUUUGAUACCAUUCGAGUCAGUGGGAGAGUUGCCAGUAAUGUCAACUGGAUGCAAAAAGUGUUUGCUGACAGUUAAAUAUUUAAAGUCAUGAUACUUUUUUUUGUGUGGGGGGGUCCCUUCCCUCCCCCCUUUUUUUCAUUUAAAGAAGGGCAGUCUGUAGUCACUUCAAACGUUUUCAAAACAAACCUUAUUCAGGCAGCUCCAUGACGUGCAGGAGGUAGCCAGAUGGGAUCACAAGAAGGAUAUCUAUCCCCUGUGCUUCAAAACUGAGUGGUUUUGCUGGUUAGCUUGGUAUUCAAAAGGGGAUAAAAAUCUGGUAGAUUAGUUCAUUCUCCGCAUGUGUAGCUAGACAUGAGUAAAGAUAACAGCAUGAGAAACUGUUAGUACGCAUACCUCAGUUCAAACUGUUAGGGAAUGAGUAAAUAAAAUUAAAAAAAAAUACAUUUCACUCAGUUGCACUUAGUUGUAUGUCUUGCAUGCAUAGUCUAAAGACUGUAGCAAAAUAAAAAAAAACGAGAAAAGGAAAUAAAAAAAAUUAGACUUACCAUACCAUGCAGGUAUCCAUAUUCCUGCAGAAGAACCAAGAGAAAAAAAAAUAUCUCAGGCUUUACAUCAAGCAAAUGUUAUUUUUUACAAAUUUCUGAUUCUGUGUCCCUUUGGAUAUAUUUAAAAAAAAAACUGCUCCUCUAGGGUGGGGUUUAUUAUGUUGUACAUAUAUAGCCCAAAUGUGUCUCUGUGAUCCUUUCGUCUUUUUGGUGGGUGGGAGGUAGGGGGUGGGGUGGCAGGGGAAGGAAAUGGAGGGGAAAGUCCUUUUUUUUUUAAAAAAAAAGAUAUCAUUCCUCAAAAGGAAUAAAUGCAUACCUGUUUUUCAAACCACCUUUUGCUUUCUGUGCAACUGCUUUAUAUUAACUAUACUUUUAAAAAAAUGCUUUGGGGGGAAAAUCCUACUGUAUGUAAUGGAAUUGCAGAAUAUGCUGCACAUGUAUUUUAUUUAGCUAUCCUUGCUUUAAGACUAUUGGAUGACAUUUGCUGAUAUGUGGGAGAAAAUCCCGGAUGCUUUGUUUUGGUUCUGCCAGGGGAAAGUUCCCCACCCCUUCUUUUUUCUUUUUGGCUUCUAAAAUGUAACAUAGUUGACAGAUGAUCCCUCCUCCCCCCCUUAUGGAUCAAAUCAUUUUUGUACAGGUUUUUGUUGUUGUUGUUGUUGUUGUUUUAUGCUGUUCUUUUUUUAAAAAAAAUACUUUCCCCACCCCCACCCCUUCUGUUCUCCUACCACUGCCUAUUUCAGGCUCUCUUAAAGAAAAAUGGGGGGGGGGGGGGAAGAAAAAAGUUGUUUCAAAAACGUUUUCUCCUGCUGCAGUAAAUACUUUGCAUGAUGAAUUCAAGGUCACACUUUCAAAGUUUAUCAGUGAAGUAGUGAUUAAUAAUGAGAGUGUCAAAAUUAUUGAACUUUUGUAUAAAAAAAAUACUUUACAAGGUGCCAAGAUGUAAAGACAAUUUGUUACAUGUUUCUUUUUUCUUUUCUUUUUCUCAAAGGAAAGCAUACAUUAUGAAAGUAGUACCAUGUUUCAGGUUAACUGUUGUCAGGAAUGAGAGUCGAAGCCUACCUUUGCCCCCCCCCCUUCACAUACAAACACAAACACACACUUUCUGCCUCAGAAAAACAUCUACCGCUCUACAGAUCUAAUGGAACCCACUUCCUUUCUCAGAGAAACGAGCAGCGCUGCUGUUAACUCUGGUAAUCUAGUGUGAUAUGGGAGAGGGGUAUUCUCCAACAGGUGGACUCUGAAUGAAGAAGCAGGCAUAUCGCCCCCUGAGCUUCAAUUGUAUAUCUGUCUCAGGCCCCCUCCCCACAAAAAGCAAUACCCUGUGUACAACUGAUGUAAUGGUUACUCCCUACGCAAUGACUUGUAACUGUGGUAGAAGAGAUCCCCACAUAACCUGUAUUCCUUUAUCUGGAUCAGGCCAGCACAAUUUCAGAUAUGAAAAACCUACUGGAUUUCUUCAUCAGAAGCAGGAAGAAAGGGGAAAUGAGGCGGAUGUUAAGGGUGGGGGCGUUGUAUUCUCCCUGUGGAGAAUCCAACCAUAGUACCCAUAACUAGAUAUCAGGAUAGGAGGAAUGCUGGGGAAGGGGAGGGAGGGUUAUUAUUCAGCAAAUAAUACAGAUCAUUAGAUAUUUUAUAUAUAAUUAUAUCAAAAGUUCUGAAAAAAAAUCCCUAAUUUUAAACUGUUGUAGCUUUCAGAAUGCUGUUCAUCUGCAUUCCUUAUAGCAUGGAGGAUAUGUGUUAAACCCUUUUGAAUAGUCUUUGGUACCUUUUGGUUAAUGUACUCGGACAGAGUUUUUAGAUGUUGCAGUAAUAAUUUCUCAUUCUCGUCUUGGAAAAAUUAACAUCUGCCAAUCUGUUUGCCAUCUUGAACAAGCCCAGAGUAGGAUACGGAAUAUCUCCUUCCCAUAAGCCUUGAUGAAAAUGGUACAGUCCAGACUGUUAGCAUGGUGCUUCAUGUGUAUGUGCUGCCAGUAACAAAAUUCUCCUUUUUUAUUUUUUAAAUUGGUUUUUUUUUGAGGCAUACAAGAAACUCAUUCCUUACAUCAACUGUAAUUCCAUCAUUCCAUGUCUGUUGAUGCAGACAAAAUGUUGUGUAGUCAGUAAUUAUUACUGACAUUCUAGCAUUCUCUAAUGCAAUAAAAGUGCUGGUUGUUCACACUGGUGAUACAUGUU